GGCUCCCAGGCGGGGAUGAUGCGCUGCUGCUCCUGCUGCUGCUGUUGCCCCUGCCAGCAACUGCCCUGUGCGGUGGGGCUGUUGCUGCUGCUGCUGUUACUACCAUUAGUCCCUGUAUCUCCCCUGGAGGCAGCUGCUGGGGGCCCAGACCACUGUGAAAACAUAUAUCAGGGCUUCGCUGAGUGUCUCAUCCGCUUGGGGGACGGCAUGGGCCAAGGAGGUCAGCUGGAGACCAUUUGCAGGUCUUGGAAUGACUUCCACACCUGCGCCUCUCGAGUCCUGUCAGGCUGCCCAAAGGAGGCCGCUGCUGUGUGGGAAUCCCUACAGCAAGAAGCUCGCAGGGUCCAGCACCCAGAUAACUUGCACACCCUGUGUGGCGCCCCUGUGCAUGUCCUGGAGCAUGGCACAGGUCCCGAGGUCAACCAGGAGACACUGAGGGCGACAGCACCUGCCACCACCCCAGCCCCUGCUCCCUUGCUGCUGGGGUCUGCUCUGGCAUUUGUUUGCCUCCUGGGGUUCCUGGCCUAGCCAUUGGGGUUGGGUAGCAGUGCCCCUGCCGCCACCCCUGCCCCGGUGGCUUGCCCUCCGGGCUCUGCA